AUGAGUAGCGAUUCAAAUAAAAAUGCCCACGAGUCGUUAGAGAACUCGGGUUUAUUCAACGACGAAAAUGCAUCUGACGGAAACGAUGUCGAGAACUUUAAGAAAAAAAUGAAAAUGAUUAAAGUAUUAAAUGUAAAGAAAAAUAAAGAAAUAAAGAAAGAUGGAAAGGAUAAGAAGAAAAGAAAACUUCAAAGGAUUAUCGAUGAUGAAAAUGAAGACGAGGGUGAUGCUAUUGAGAAAGAAAAUGUUCAAGGAGAUGAUGAAGAGGGUGCGUUUCUUUUUGGUAAUGAUGAUUUGGUUGAAGAGGAUGAGGAGAGACAUAAGAAGAAAAGAAAAAAAGAAAAGGAAGAAAAAGAUAAACACAAAAAAAAAAAAAGUAUAAAGUCAAUAAUAGAAAAUGAUGAUAAAGAUAAGAUUCAUAGUGAUGAUAGUAAUUAUAAUGACGAUAAUAAAAAGAAUAAUAGUAAUAAUGAUAACAAUAAUGAUAAUAAUAUUAGUGAUGGUGAUGAUGAUGAUAAUAAUAAUAGUGAUAGCAGCUAUGAUAAUAGUAUGAGCGAUCACAGUGAUAUUAAGAAGAAAACAAAAAAAAAAAAAAAAAAAAAAAAAAAAAAAUAUAUUAAAAAAAAAAAAAAAAAAAAAAAAAAAAGCGAAUUUAUUGAUACCAUUGCAGAAGAAGGUGAUGAAGAUGAAAAAGAAGAAGAUGAAGAUUAUGAUGAUGAAAAUAAUAUAAAUAUAGAUAAAAUGACUAACGAAAAUAAAAAAUCAAAGAAUAUAAAUUUUGAUAAAUUAGGUUUAGGUGAUGAUGAUGAAGACGAAGAUAAUUAUAUGAACGAUUUUGGAAAUACAUCUAAUAUAUCAGAAAAGAAAAAAAAAUCUCAUUUUGAUGAAAUAUUAGAAAAUUUAAAAUCUAAAAGAAAAAGAGUUCAUAAGAUUUCAGAAGAUGAUGGAUUAAAUUAUUGUGAGAAUAUAUUGAAUCAGAUGAUAUUAAUGCAUGAACAAGAUAUACAAAAUAUGAAAGAAAAAAAGCCAGCAACAGCUAAAUUAGAAAUUAUAGAUAAUGUUUGUAAAAUAUUAACAAAACCGAAAUGGAAACCAUUCUUUAUGAAAUUAAAUAUAUAUCAUGUAUUAGCCUUAUGGUUGAUGCCAACAUCCAAAAACACAUUACCCAAUUUUACUAUAAGAACAAAUUUAUUGAAAGUAAUUCAGCAAUUACCAAUUACUAUUAAAUCAUUAAGAGGAAGUCAGCUAGGUAAAAUAAUGACUUAUUUACACUCACAUAAACAUGAAACAGAAGAAAAUAAAAAACUCAUAAAAAAUAUAAUGCAAAAUUGGAUGGGUCCAAUUAUAGGAAUUAAUACAAACUAUAAACAAUAUUUAAAAGAAAGACAAAAAAGGAUAUCUGAAAAUCCUGAAUAUCAUAAAAAAGUUCUUGAAAAGGCAAAAACAUUAAUACCUGAUUCAAUAUCUAUAGAAAAGGAAGAAGAACAAAAUGAAAUGAAAAGACAUGCAACUAUUCCAUAUAAUAGUGAAUGCUCUUUUCUAAUUAAUGUUCCCUCUUCUAUACCUAGUACUAGUAAAAAAAUUAUCCCAAAAAGUAAAAUUAAGAGGUUAACAGAUAAUAUGAAAUUAUUGAAAAGAUGUAAAAAAAUGCAAAAGGUUUCGAUUGAAGGAAAGGGAGUAGCUGUUGCACCUUAA